AUGCCCUGGCGAACUCGCAUUCUCUCCAGGUAUGUUUUGCCUGAAACAGCCGAUGAAGUCGUUGAAAUUUCGUCAUCCGAUCAUGAAACAGCUCAUGAUGUCCCAAAUGAAAGCGAAAUUGAUGCCUUGAUCAGUUCUGCUAGAUUCGAAGCUUCGGUUGGCGAUACUCAUCGUAGCUUAGUGCAAAAGGAUGAAACUGUUGAAGAAGAUCGGAUUCCAUCAUUUUCGGAGCCGCUGGGUUCUGAUGUGCAGACCAGUGCCGCUGCGUUAGGAGCUUCUAGUUUGCCUUCAGGGCCUUGUAUCCAGGGUCAACAGCUUUCCGCUCUGGUAGCGCAUUCGUUUUCUUCAACAAUUAAGUACAAUGAUGUCGAAAUGCCAUGGGAAAGAGGUGUGUACAAGCAGAUCUUCGGAAAUAGCAGUUCGAGUCUUCUUGGUGAAACUUUGCAGCUGUCUUCGACGUCGUUGACACUAGUUUCGAACCAGGUGAGGCCCAAUGCAGUACAAGACCAGGCUGCCGAACUUGCCGUAGAACCGAUGCGUACUGGGACCAUUUUUGAGACUGCUAUUUCUAAGAUUUCGGAUAGAAGUUAUGAGGAAAAUAGAACUCGUUUGUACAACCUUGCAGUUGGAAAAUGGCAUAGCAUUUUGAAGAGUUGUUUGAUUGCUUCGGACGUGGGCCGAAAAAUUGCCGCACUAGAUGAGCACUGGACACAGUCUCAAGAAACAGAAGAAAUCAUCAGGGCAGUCCUUGGAGUGAGAUCUCCAACAACAGCCAUCUCCAGAGCUAAUGCGAUCUUGAGGUUCCUCAGAUGGUCUUCAGAAAUGCCAUCCUCAGCGGACAUACCAUAUACAGAAGACUUUGCAUGGAAAUAUGUUUGCUUUUGA